AUGACUGGCCCUAAACCUCUACUCAAGAUCGAGGGCGAUUGCUCUACUGUCCACAGCAACACUCUUUACUCCUAUUCGCCGACUGGCUUCCAAUCAAUACCUCUCAAGGAGAAUGGGGAAUGGAAGUUACUCCCGUCCCCAGAAUACAAGGUUACUGGCCCUGCUUGCGUCCAAGGUGGGAUCGGUGGGAAUGAGAAUGACGAAGAUAAAAAAGCAUUUUAUCUGGUCGGCGGGACCGGCUCCUCUGGAAACAGCGGUCUCCAACGAUUUUUGUUCAGUACACAGAAGUGGGAGACAUUGGAUUCAACGCCGAUGAAAGAUCGGGUUGGACAUGGUGCUGGGUACAUUCCCUCAACUUCGCAAAUAUUGGUUUACGCAGGAAACACAGAUGGCAGCACCCAGGUCUCUCAAUCGACACUCCUCAUUUCAACCGUAGCGCCCCCCUUUACCGUGUCGUCCGGGCUCGACCAGGGCGCGCCGGCAUUAUAUGAGCCCAUCAUUUUGCCCUGGAGUUCUUCCGAGGUAGCCUUGAUUGGAGGAUCUGCCACCAAUACUGCUAUCUUCAUCUACGAGUCCACAAACAAAAAAGGCUGGACCAUCUCAGAGGCGACUCUUCCUACUGCAAUCGAAACCUCAUCUCUAUGCGCACUCGCCUCCGACUCCGGGACUAAGGUCCUCGAGGAGUUUAAGAUGGCCGCUUCCCCAAAUAGUGUCACGAGCUACCUCAUUAGCUCGAAAGGAAAGGUGCAGAACCCGGUGACAGCCAUCGGAUCCUCUGGAAAGAGGGGUCUCACCGAUUCCUACAACGGCACAUUCGCCCCAACAGCAUCCUGGUCUGAUUAUACGCUUGCCCAGGGUAGUGGCUUGGUCGUUCUCGCCAGUGGUCAAAGUAACAACUCAUUGGCAAUCUUUAACCAAACUUCCAACGCAUGGGUCAACUCUACAGAGCUGUUCUAUGGAAAAGGAGAGCAACAUGUCCUCAAACCAACCACCACAUCAUUCACAUCAUCUACUUCGACAUCAACCUCAUCAUCCACAUCCACAUCGACUUCAGCCUCAACUACGCCCACUUCUUCAUCAGCUCCAGUUGCGACUGUAGGCGGCCUGACUGAUCAUGGCAAAAUGAUUCUUGGCGCAACUCUUGGGAGUAUCCUGGGGUUUGGCUUGAUCCUGCUCAUCAUCCUUUUCCUACUGCGACGCGAGAAACAGAAGAAGCAGGGAGGCCAACCUGGUCGCGGUGGCGACAAAAAAGACCGCCUAAGCUUCCAGGAUCAGGGCAUAGAACCCCUGACCGAAAGCGCUUACCCUAUGGCAAGAUCUCCUGUCCCAGUCGCCGGUGCUUCGGUCGACUCAUUGGCUAUCUUCUCCGGCAACUACAGAGGAGAGAAAUCUCUCAAGCCACCCGGUAAUACAGGCUAUGGAUUGUCUCCUCAGCCCAAGAGUAGCAGUCCGCUCUCUACAAUUCCAUCCAGCGGUGUCAUGGGCGCAUCAAGCAUAUCCACGGAUGACAACUAUCGGGCUGGCGAUGACACCGGGCAUGGAAACCAAGCCGCUGAUCGAAUGACCGACGAAGGGUGGGGAAAAUACUUCGAGGACGGCGGUGCCACUAACUUCCAAUCCGACCGCUCGACUAUGAGUUCCGUGUACACCAAGUCCGAUUACCGCGGAAGCGCCUGGCCGAUGUCUACCUUGACACCAUUGAAUUUUGGCUUCCUCGAGCAGCCUAAGCCACUUGGCCAUGUUCUCAGCGGCAGCCCGACUACCGAGCACAGUUCCCAUAACAUGGGAAGUCGAAGCCUAGUGAUUCCGGAGAGCCAAUCGGCACGAAUCUCCAGUGCAGAUUCAAUCAGUAUCGCCUCGGACGACGACCGCGAUGAUUCAAAGUGGCAAGGUGCGGGCCAGAGCAGCUGGCUUGGACGUCCCCCAAGCAGCAACUACACUACCAGCUUCUACCAGUCGAGCACGCAUGACAUGCCCUGGGAAUCAUCGAAUGCCAGCGUCGCGGACAGAGCAAGACAGUCCAACGCACGAAGAUCAAGCGUCAUCAUACCAGACGAUAUCGACGAACUUCCGAUACAAGGGAAGAAGAACAAUACCAAUUCAGAUAUGAGCUGGCUCAAUCUCAAGGCUGAUCGUUAA